AUGGAUGUUCGCGAGCGUCUGAAGAUGCUUCUCGAAGGAGACACGGGUCUCAAUGACUUGAAUACCCACUUGAGCCAGGCUGAAGCCGUCCAACCUGCCCCCAGUGCGGAUGGAGCUGAUCCAGGUGCUGGGUUUACCAAAGCUAAGCAAGAUGUAAGUCAAUCUUACCCUGAGGGUGGCCAAUUUCCUUUGUCGUACAUUCGUACCUAUGUGGUUGGAGACAUAGGUGGGUCGAGAGACAGGCCGUUGACCCAGAUCAACCAGCGUCAUCCCCGUCGUACUCCGAAGAUGCACAUUGAUAUCCCGGGCUUGAACAAGCGCAAAGACGAGGGUGGCGGCGGUAUUUCUGACUUGGAUUGCGACGAGGAGUUGGUCACUGCAAUCCCGGUGACCAAGUCGUUCACUCCGGCCACCACAAUGGCUCGCUUCCCUUUCAGGUAUAUCCCUCAGAAUGAUGCCCAGAGCGUCAAUGAGCGGUUCUAUGAGGGGGAUCAAUUCUGGAAUCGAACUUGGGAUCUGUAUCAUCUGUCUGUCCCAAUGGCUAUUUCUCAAACCCCAUUUCUUUUGAUUCCCACUUCCCAAGCUCAAGCACUGCUCGAUGAAAUCAAUUCGGCUCUGAACCUCAAUUUGUCUCUCACGGGCGUUGACAAGGAUGGCCUCGUGAUUGACAUCGACAAUGAGAUGCUCCCGCAGCCUAUGUACCUUGGCCGAACCAGCACCCAUGCUCGGAAGAAGAAAUUGGAGAGUAUUGUUCCCUCGCCUCUGGAGAACUGGGGACCCCACGCACAUCUGGUUGAGCCCCCCGUUUUCGAGGAUUUUGAAAAGAAAAUCAAACAAUCCAUCGCCACAACCAAGAUCAGGAAGAGCUGCAAGCAGGCGGUCCGGGAUGCCCGAAUCAAGAAGUGGCAGGAGAGCUUGGGUCGUGCGCAAGCCUACUUUGGGCUGCGCCCCCCACUGAAGCCAAAUGAUACACAACCGUCGUUUGCCAAUGGUCAGAUCAGACCGAUCGAUGUUCUGAAACCUGUCAAUUGGGCCUUUCAAGAUGCCCCCAUUUUCAUCUGUAUUGACCUUGAGUGGAUGGACCGCUAUGGCUCUCUGACUGAGGUUGGAAUUUCGACUCUGGACAUGAUGGAUUUGGAAGGUGUCGUCCCUGGUGAUUAUGGCCAUAUGUGGGUGAAGAAGAUUCGAUCCCGUCAUCUGCGUGUGAAGGAGCACCGGCACUGGGUUAACGUGACUUACAUUACCGGAUGUCCUGGUAGAUUUGGAUUUGGGGAGAGUGAGAUAGUUCCCAGCGCUGAAAUUCCGAAGGUUGUGGACGCUGCGUUCCAGCCCCCAUACAUGGUUUCCUUGGAGGGAGAAGAUAUCCCCCGACACAAGAACGCGAAGCGCAAUGUGAUCUUGGUCGGACUCGAUCUCCACGGUGAUAUCAUACAUCUCCAGAAAGCGGGAAGCCAAGUUUUUACCAGUCUGAACGAACCCUCUUCGGUCAUCCGUGAGACCAUCGACGUGGCAGAGCUGUACCGUGCUGAUGCUGAAGAGAACCAAAAGCGGGGCCUUCGAGCACUGCUGGGAUCACUGAAUAUCUUGAGUUUCGACCUGCACAAUGCCGGAAAUGAUGCCCACUACACCUUGCACGCUCUUGUGCGAUUGAUGCUGAGAGUCGCCGGGGAGAAGCCGUGGGCAUACGAGCUCAACGGUGAGCGCAAUGUUGAGAGCAAGGAUGAGCGCAAGGAUCAGCAAGGCGACCCCGAGUCUGAACCCAAGGCUGCAGUGUAA